UCGGCGUUGGGAACAGAAGUUCAAGAGGCCGCGCUGCUCCUUCUCCUGCAUUCACUGGGGAGUCUUGCUCUGCAAGUGCAGUUGCAGGCGGUUCGGGAGCGCAGCCCCAGACCUGCCGCCCGCCGCUUCUGUGCCUCUGCAUCUGCCACCGUGGGUCCCAAGUUCCAGUGACUUCUGUCCCCCCCUCUCCGCUCUGCUCCCCGUGUGUCCUGAAGAAAGGGGACCUGCUCCCGAGAUGUUCCACGGUGAUGAUAGCAUUUGAAGACCUGGCUGUGUACUUUACCUGGGACGAAUGGCAGAACAUGAACAAUGCUCAGAAAAUCCUGUACAGAGAUGUGAUGCUGGAGACCUACAGCAGCCUCUUCUCCUUGGGGCACUGCAUUACCAAACCUGACUUAAUCUUCAAGUUGGAGCAAGGAGAAGAGCCAUGGAUGGUGGACAAAUGCUUGAAUCAGAGCCUUUCAGUGGUCAUGAAAAUGGAUGACCUGAUUAAGAUCAACCUGGAAAGUCAGGACAAAAUUCUGAAUCAGGAUUUUAUGAAAAAUAACAAGACAUCAGCUCACAAGAGAGUUGAAUUAAGAAAAACCCUUAGUUUAAAUUCAAGCCAUAUUCCAACAAUGAUUAUUAAAAAGGGAAUCUAUUCAGGAUUGAAGCCUGAGGAAUGCAAUAAAUGUCACACUGUGUAUCCCCACAGUGGGCCUGAUCAACUACAGGCUGGAGAGAAAUUUGAUAACACUAAGAUACCUGGAAAAUCUCUUCACUUCUGUGAGCCUCUUAGUCAGUAUGACAAUAUUCACAUCAUGAAGCAGCCAUUUGGACCCACUGGACAAGCAAAAGUCUUCACAAGAAAGAUGUUCUGUAAAUCUGAGAGGGUUCAUAUGGCAGAAAACUGUAAUAAAUCAACUGUAACUUUUGGAAAAACAACUCAAAUAGAAAAAGCUAUCCAUGAAAAUUCUAGCCUCAAUAUGCAUCAACAAACUCACACAAGAAAGAAAUUUUAUAAGUACAUUAAGUAUGUUGAACCUGUCAUUCACCAGUCACAUCUUGCAAUAAAUCACAGACUAAAUACAAGGGAAAAACUUUACACAUGUAACCCUUGUGGAAAAUCACUCAGUAUUAAUUCACCUUAUGAAUGUAAUGACUCUGGAAAAGACUUUGGACAAAAGUCAGUCCUCAGGAAAUGUCAACAAAUUCACACAGGAGAGAAAUCACAUGAAUGUAGUGAUUGUGGAAAAGCCUUUACACAAAAGUCAUACCUCAUAAACCAUCAGCGAAUUCACACAGGGGAGAAACUUUAUAAAUGCCUUCAUUGUGGAAGAGGCUUUCUGUGGAAGUCAGCCCUCAUCAUACACCAGAGAAUUCACACAGGGGAGAAACCUCAUGAAUGUAAUGACUGUGGAAAAGCCUUUGGACAAAAGUCAGACCUCAUCAUACACCAGCGAAUUCACACAGGGGAGAAACCUCAUGAAUGUAAUGACUGUGGAAAAUCCUUUGGACACAAGUCAGACCUCAUCAGACACCAGCAAAUUCACACAGGGGAGAAACCUCAUGAAUGUAAUGACUGUGGAAAAGCAUUUGGACAAAAGUCAGGCCUCAUCAUACACCAGCGAAUUCACACAGGGGAGAAACCUCAUGAAUAUAAUGACUGUGGAAAAGCCUUUGGACAAAAGUCAGACCUCAUCAUACACCAGCGAAUUCACACAGGGGAGAAACCUCAUGAAUGUAAUGACUGUGGAAAAGCCUUUGGACACAAGUCAAACCUCAUCAGACACCAGCAAAUUCACACAGGGGAGAAACUUCAUGAAUGUAAUGACUGUGGAAAAGCCUUUGGAUGCAAGUCACACCUCAUGAAACAUCAGCGAAUUCACACAGGGCAGAAACCUCAUGAAUGUAAUGACUGUGGAAAAGCCUUUGGACAAAAGUCACACCUCAUAAACCAUCAGCAAAUUCACACAGGGGAGAAACCUCAUAAAUGUAAUGACUGUGGAAAAGCCUUUGGACAAAAGUCACGCCUCAUCAUACACCAGCGAAUUCACACAGGGGAGAAACCUCAUGAAUGUAAUGACUGUGGAAAAGCCUUUGGACAAAAGUCAGGCCUCAUCAUACACCAGCGAAUUCACACAGGGGAGAAACCUCAUGAAUGUAAUGACUGUGGAAAAGCCUUUGGACAAAAGUCAGACCUCAUCAUACACCAGCGAAUUCACACAGGGGAGAAACCUCAUGAAUGUAAUGACUGUGGAAAAGCCUUUGGACAAAAGUCACACCUCAUCAUACACCAGCGAAUUCACACAGGGGAGAAACCUCAUGAAUGUAAUGACUGUGGAAAAUCCUUUGGACACAAGUCAAACCUCAUCAGACACCAGCAAAUUCACACAGGGGAGAAACCUCAUGAAUGUAAUGACUGUGGAAAAGCAUUUGGACAAAAGUCAGGCCUCAUCAUACACCAGCGAAUUCACACAGGGGAGAAACCUCAUGAAUGUAAUGACUGUGGAAAAGCCUUUGGACAAAAGUCAGACCUCAUCAUACACCAGCGAAUUCACACAGGGGAGAAACCUCAUGAAUGUAAUGACUGUGGAAAAGCCUUUGGACACAAGUCAAACCUCAUCAGACACCAGCAAAUUCACACAGGGGAGAAACUUCAUGAAUGUAAUGACUGUGGAAAAGCCUUUGGAUGCAAGUCACACCUCAUGAAGCAUCAGCGAAUUCACACAGGGCAGAAACCGCAUGAAUGUAAUGACUGUGGAAAAGCCUUUGGACAAAAGUCAGACCUCAUCAUCCACCAGCGAAUUCACACAGGGGAGAAACCUCAUAAAUGUAAUGACUGUGGAAAAGCCUUUGGACAAAAGUCACGCCUCAUCAUACACCAGCGAAUUCACACAGGGGAGAAACCUCAUGAAUGUAAUGACUGUGGAAAAGCCUUUGGACAAAAGUCAGGCCUCAUCAUACACCAGCGAAUUCACACAGGGGAGAAACCUCAUGAAUGUAAUGACUGUGGAAAAGCCUUUGGACAAAAGUCAGACCUCAUCAUACACCAGCGAAUUCACACAGGGGAGAAACCUCAUGAAUGUAAUGACUGUGGAAAAGCCUUUGGACACAAGUCAAACCUCAUCAGACACCAGCAAAUUCACACAGGACAGAAACCUCAUAAAUGUAAUGACUGUGGAAAAGCAUUUGGACAAAAGUCAGGCCUCAUCGUACAUCAGCAAAUUCACAAAAGGGAGAAACCUCAUGAAUGUAAUGGCGAUGGAAAGGCCUUUGGAUGAAAGUCAGACCUCAUGAAACAUCAGUGAAUUCACACAGGGGAGAAACCUCAUAAAUGUAAUGACUGUGGAAAAGCAUUUGGACGAAAGUCACACCUCAUCGUACACCAGAGAAUUCACAUGGGGCAGAAAUCUCAUGAAUGUAAUAACUGGCAAAGCCUUUGGACACAAGUCACACCUCAUCAUACACCAGAGAAUUCACACAGGGCAGAAACCUCAUAAAUGAAAUGACUGUGGAAAAGCCUUUGGACACAAGUCAUACCUCAUAUUACACUAGAGAAUUCACAGGGGAGAAACCUCAUAAAUAAUGAUUGUGGAAAAGCCUUUGGCCAUAAGUUAGGCCUCAUGGUACAUCAGCGAAAUCACACAGAGCAGAAACAUCAUGAAUGUAAUGACUGUGGAAAAGCCUUUGUAUGAAAGUCACACCUCAUAUCACACUGGAGAAUUCACACAGGGGAGAAAACCCAUGAAAGUAAUGACCAAGGGAAAGCCUCUGGAUAAAAGUCAAUCCUUUAGAAACAUCAGAGAAUUCACACAGGGAGGAAACCUCAUGAAUGUAAUGACUUUGGAAAAGCCUUUGGACAAAAGACAAAACUCAUAUCACAGCAGAGAAUUCACAUAGGGUAGAAAACUCAUGAUUGUAAUAACUGUGGAAAGCAUUUAGCCAUAAGUCAACCUUCAUCAUGCAUCAGGGAAUUCACACAGGGCAGAAACCUUUUGAAUAUAAUGACUGGAAAAGCCUUUGGACAAAAGUCAAACCUCAUAAUGCACCAGAGAAUGCACACAGUGUUGAAACUUCAUGAAUGUAAUGACUGUGGAAAAACUUGAUUUUAACUUCCAACUCCAAAUGCAUCAGAAGAUUCACACAGGGAAAUAACCUUAUAAAUGUAAUGACUGUGUAAAAGCCUUUUUCUAUAAGUUAUAUCAAAACAGAAUUCACACAGGGCAGAAACCGUAUAAAUCUAAUGAGUGUGGAAAAGCCUUUAUAAAUCAUAUGUUGUAAAUCAUAGCUCAUAUCACACCAGAGAAUUCACAUCGGAGAGAAACUUCAUGAAUGCAAUGACUGUAGAAAAGCCCUUGGCAAUAAGUCACAUCUCAGAAUGCGUCAGAAAAUUCACAUGAAAAGAAACAUUUGGACAUAAUGACUUGGAAAGCUUUUUCCCAUAGUUCAGCCCUCAUUGCACAUCAUCUAAUUCAUAUGUGGGAAAACACUUUGUAUAUAAUGCAUAUGGAAAAGCCUUUAUCCAUAAGUAACACCCCAUAAAACAUCAGAAUUCACAUGGGGGAGAAACCAUAUGAAUGGAAUAAGUGUUGGAAAACUAUGCCAAUAUCACACAAUAUAACAUUGAGAAUUUAUUACAUGGUGGAAAUCUUGUAAUAAAUGUGGGAAAGCCUUUUGUCAGAAGGAAUACCUCAUAACACAUGUAGUUCAAACAAGGGAUAGAACUUAAGAAUAUAAUGAAUGUGAAGGACUUUUUCCAAAAUCAACAUAACCAUGUGACAGAGCCAUUUGCUGGAAAUUACAUCCCAUACAAUAGGUACUCCCAUAAGGAAGAAAGGUUGGGACCAGCGCUGUGGCACAGUAAGUUAAAGCCCUGGCCUGAAAUGCUGGCAUACCAUGUGGGCACUGGUUCUAGUCCCGGUUGCUCCUCUUCUGAUCCAGCUCUCUCCUAUAGCCUGGGAAAGCAGUAGAAGAUGGCCCUGCACCCAUGUGGGAGAUGCAGAAGAAGCUCCUGACUCCUGGCUUUGGAUUGUGGCAGCUCCAGCCAUUGCAUCCAUCCAGAGUUAGGAGUUAGGAGUCUCCACUCGGCUGCUUGCCUGAUGCAGACACAAGCUGGCACAGAUAUUAUGUAUGUCCAAAAUGGCUCCUGCUCUAUUAGCUUUCAUGUCUUUGUGAGGUGAUUGGAGAGAGAGAAACAUGUCUGUACUGUCCCUUUUUUUUCUCUCUCCUCUAGUUUGGCUGGCACACUUUCCCUUGGAUACUUAAGCCUCAUUUCCUCUAGUUUCCUGCCACAUUUUUGCCGGUGGCUCAGGCUACUGUGGUCUUGUCUCACCUCACUUUCCAGUUCUGGUGCAUAGGCUCUCAGCUGUUGGAGUCAUGAUCCGUGGGCACCAUGCCAUCCAUGUGGGUUCACUGCGUCCCUCUAAUAUCAGUAGAAUUCCCUCUGUCAUUUUUUACCUAACUCUUCCCUGAGACUACUCUAUUUCCACUUUUUAAAAACUAUUUUCUCCUGGGCUAGAGCAGUAAGCUCCCUCCCUACUCCACCAUCCAAUUAUUAGCCCAUCUCUAUAUGAUUAUGACUCUGUUUCUGCCAAAUUACUAAUUUAUAUACCAUAUAAUCAAAAUUAAAUGCCUUCCAUGGAGUGCAUAUUUAUUUUGUCAUUUACUACUGUCACCUGCAUGUGUAAUGAGUAACCUGAUUUGUAACAUUCCUAACACAGGGAAAUGAUGGGCCCCAGGGUUUGAUUUAUAAUUGCGUGGUCAUCUACUCACUCUAAAUGCUGGAAGUUGUCCCAGCAACUGUCAUGUGUAUAGGAUUUGAGUACAUUGCAGUGCCAGCACCAUCAUGGUCAUCAGCAUAGGAUACAAUAUUAAUGUUUCUAGAUGCUCCUGGAACUUUAAAUUAUUUUCUGAUUGUGGAAAUUUUUCAAACUACAAGUCUAUAUCAUACUGUAAUUUUUCCAGUUUAUUCCAGACUGUUUUUUCACCAAAUAUUCAUCCACAUAUUUGUUUUUAAUUAUGGCUCACAUUAAAAUGACAUUGUUACUAAGGGCAAGACAAAGUUUUAACUUCCAUGUGCAUCAAGUUUCUAUAUUUUGUCUUUCAUUUUAUUAAUUUCAUCUGAGUAUGUCAAUAUCCACAUGGAAAGCAAUCUUAGCACUGCCAAUGUAUGAUGAUUCUUUUGGGCACUUAUAUUUUCAUGUCAUGAAUGCACUAAAUAAUGUUCAAGUUGUCUUAGCAAUCUCCAUCUUUAUGGCCUAUCAAAUAAUUUUAGAACAUUACAUUCUUUUACACUUUCAAGGACACUUUUUUAUAGCUUCUUUAUAUUUCGAGAAUCAAAAUUGUCAUUCUCUUUAAAAUUUCCAUUCAUUAGAUCAAGACAAUUUUAUCUUGGUUUUAAAAUUACUGAAUUUAAUGGCAUAAACUUUCUUUGAUUUAAGAAAGCACAGAUUUUCUGUAUUUAAAUGUGUAUUGAGGGCUACUUUUAUUAAUAUCUGUUACAUCUCCUUGUAACCUUAUUCCUGCUUCUACUAAAUUUACCAUUUGUACACCCAACUAUCAAUAUAAAACAUAUAUUGAAAUGAAUACAUUUCUCUAUUUUUCAUGUUGAUUCAAAUUUAUUAUUACCACCUCAAUAAAUAAUAACCUAAUUUGUGCCAAUUCUAGUGCAGGGCACUUCAGGCUACCAUGAUUUACUUUAUCAUUGUGAGGCUAUCAAAUUCUGGCAGAUGUCCAAAUUUUAUUUUCACAGUAAAUGAGAACAAUUUAGGGCCAGUUCCAUCACUCAUUAGCAGGAGAUUUCAUUCUUAGCUUUAUAGACAUUCAUGGAACUUGAAAUUAACCUUUAAUUAUGAAAAUUUGUUAAUUUUUAAAUUCACUGGAGUCACUCUUUUGCACAAAUACUUUAGUCUAGACCAAUCCUAACCCUGUGAAUCUGUGGCCAUGGUGAUUUAAUUUUUAUUGUAAGAUCAUCAUCACCCCCAACAUUCUGUAAGUUGCCUUCUGGAAACUGUCAGGUACACAGUGUCUCAGGGCCAUUUUAGCCAAGGGUAAUAAUUCUUUCUCCUCAACGUAGUAUAUAUAUGAAUAUAUGUAACAUAUAUAACAUACAUAUAUUUUAUUCAUAGAUAAAUUUGCCACUGUGUUUCUAGAUACUAGUAUAUUUCCUGAAAAUUAUGUGGGAAAAUAGUGGGAUCUUAAUGUUAUUUUUAUCCCAGAAUUAUGUAUGUUUAUUUAAUUUUAGAGGCUGGUAGACUUGGAGAAACAGAGAAACAGACUUUAUGAGCUACAACUUGAUGGCUUACUCUUCAUUCUUGUAAUUUUCAGAAACUGGAUCAUUACAGAAAUCUGAGUAUUCUUUUCUGAUGAUAAAUACAUUAUACAAAUUUCAAAAUGUUGCUCUGUGUACAUUUAUAUUACAAAUUAUAUAUAUGUGCAUUUACAUUGUAAUGUCAUAAACACACACACAUAUAUAUUAUAU